UGUUGUAAAAGAAGAAACUAAUCUUGAUUAUAAGUAAGUUAUCUCUGUUUACUUCAGCUUCCUGGUCUAUAAAGAAGAAAAUUAUAAUGGAACACAAGUUUCCGGGUUGCUGUGAGGAACAAAAUAAUAUAAUGAUUGUGAAGUGUUUGACCUAGUAUCUGGCAUACGGAGAAAACAUGGAGGUAACCAUUCAGCAAAACUUCUCCAAUGGAAGCUUGGCCCUUUGCAAUGAGCACUGCAAGAAGGUCCUGGCCACACUCUACUGCGCGAUCUUGUUAGGGGGCACGGCUAACUCCGUCAUGAUGGCCCACGUCCUGUCCCAGAGGAGUUCCUGGUCCGCCAUCACCAUCCUCAUCACCAACCUCACCGUGCUGCACUCCAUCUUCCUGGCCAGCCUCCCAUUCCGCCUCAGCUAUUACUUCCUGAGGCAGUGGAAGUUCGGGUGGUUCGCUUGCCGGCUGGUCAGCAGCGCGGUCCAUUUCCACAUGUACCUCAGCUUUCUCUUCUACUUGGCCAUCAUCGCCAUUCGCCUGCUCACUCACUUCAGGAGGCACCCAGCGCAGGAGGCGCAGACUGGCCGGGCCACGGCCCUGAGCAUCUCCAUCUGGCUGCUGGGAACGCUCACCUUCACGCUGGUUUUUCGCUUCCACUAUGGCACCCACACGGACUCCUCCCAUCACUGCUUUGAGUUUCACCAAGAACUCAGCCUCCGGUCGGUGGCCGCCAUCAAUUACUGCGCGAUCGGUGUCCUCUUGGCCACGGUCUCGGUGCUCUCGGUGCUUCAGCUGCUGGUGCUCAGACGCCUGAGCAGGGCGCUAGGGCCUGGUGCGCUCGCACAUCAGGAGCUCCGGGCUCACGGCAGCAGCCUCUUCUUCCUGCUGGUGAUGGUCGUCUGUUUCCUGCCGCAUCAUGUCUUUCGGGCUUUUUUCAUUCACAAUUUUUCCCGGGACCAGAACCCGGAGCUAAUUCUGUACAGUGAGAUCUGCAAGGCGCUCACGGGCAUCUGCAGCCUGGACAUGCUGUGCUUCCUGGGCGGGCUGGCCCACUGAGUGCUCGUUGGGACCGAACUGCAUUUUUUAUUUCUUAGGAGCAUUUAGAGAAGUUCCAGGUUGAGAAAUGCUCGGGACUCUUCCUCCUUCCCCUUCCCCUAGCCGCUGUCUCUGUUCCCACUUCCAUCUCAUGGAGCAACCCCCGGUUAUUGCUAUCAUUUGCUCAGCCAUUGAAGGAUGGUAGAGGACUUGCUGAAGUCCCAGGGUACCAAGCCAAGGAAGAAAACGGGGCACAAAUGGCUCAGGAAGGAGAAGAUUUAGAAGGAAAUCGAGCCGCCAUUCAGGGACCAACAGAGAGGAGACAGAGGCAUCCAAGACUGACCCUUACCAUGAUCCCAUCCUGCUAAGUUUUGGCGGGAUUUCAUUCAGAAUGCUCAAAUGGAUCUGGGCCUCCUAGUUUGGGAACCCUUCUGGGUUUCAUCCCGGUCCUUCCAUGGGUUCACCCCAAGAGGCCCAUCCAAUGUGCAGGAGGCCUUCCUUACUUUCUCAUAACACCAGGGAAAUAACAAUGGAGUCCUUGACUGUCGUCCAUCUGGCACAAGAACAGUCCAUCACCGGGGAACUUAGAAGAUAACACUAUUUCCUAACUGACUUUGGGGAACCUGUUCUUAAUCUUCCUGCUCUGUGUCCUUUCCUCUUCUUCUUCUCUCUAGAUUUUUCAGGAUACCCUUCCUCUCUCCUGGUUCUCCUCCCUCUCUCACCACUCUUUGUCUCCUUUGCUGAAAACCCCUUUGAUCGUGUCCUGUGACUACGGGUGUCCCUUGGGGCUCUGUCAGCAAAUUCCAGUUAAAAUCUCAUCUGAAAAACUUGGAUUGUCUUCUAAAUACUUUUUGCCAUUUUUUUUUUUUGCCAAGGUUUGAGUUUCCUCAAAAUUUCCUUCUAUCUCCAACCUUCAUAGAAGAGCACGUAGUGGAGUUGAAUUUCUGUAGAGACUAAACAAGAAUGCAGUUAUUUAAUGUCAUUUUGCUUUAGAGAAAAUACAAAGGAGACGAAGAGGAGAUACAUGAGGUAGGAAUUAUGUUUGUAGCAUAAAGGGGAGGUAGCAUUUGUGGCCCUACUGUUUAACUGGGGUCACUGCUCUCAGUUUCUUAGUCUGAUUGUGGAUGCUGAGGAAAGACUUCAGGGUCUCAGAAUGGUAGAACAGACAAUGUUCCCAUAUAAAAGCACUCAGCUGGACCUGGGAAGCGCCAAGUCAGAAGACUGGGUGACAAGAGUUAAGAUUUCAGAUCUAAUUAGCAACAAAAGCAUGCUUCUGAUAGGAAGGAUUAAUGUUGUUAAUGUUCAUUUCAUAUUCAUGACGAUAAAGAUCUGAAGGACGGAUAUGUUUCAUUCUGGUUUUCUAACCUUAAGUUUUGUUCAUUUCUAUUCUACUUUAAUAAAAUGUCCUCUAAUCUCAAAAAAAAAA